AAAAAAUAAAAACGGAUGUCGUAAAUGGCAAUAUUUUCCCAAUAUAUAUAAUAAGUUCGUAUUUGCGGUUGACGAUGCAAUAUAGUAAUUUUUACCGGAAGGAGGAAGCUACACAUGUCACGUGUUUUUUAUUUUAUUUUCGCUAAAUAUGUUUGUCACGUCUUCUGGUAGCCGAAUAUUAUCCUUGAUGACAUUAUAGAUAUUAAUAUGUUGAGGACGUAAGAAUAGAAACGGAAACAUAAAUAAAGAAAAUAAGGCAAACUCAGUAGAAAGGUAUGGAAUGAGAGACAAAUGUUUCGCAAACGCCAUUAAUAUAAUGUACACGGUAGCGGAGCAUAUGCAUAAUUAGCGAGACGGGAACAAUCAGUGACAAUAACAAGUCCACUAACACGCAUCUCAUAUUCUUUCUAUUAUUCAUAUUGGCCCUUGUCCUUAGUAUUACAGCGCCAUCUAGAUAUGUAUAGAACUUUUCAAUUGAGCACAUUUUUCCAAGGCAAGCCGUCGAUGAACGAUGAAAAACUUUAAUAACACAGAAGAUGGAAACAAGAUAAAAAGUUUACUUUAAUUGUAAAAGCUACUAUUUUUGGAUAGUUGAUAGAAGAUUAUAAUAGCAACGGCAUCCGCAAAGAACGCUCGUGUGGGCGAAGAGGCAACAAACGAAAAGACUCGCAAGAAAAAGGAAAUAAGAAAUCUAGGGUGAAGGAGGUGAAAAUAGUAGGACAAAUUACGAAAGGGAGGAUAGCUUUAAGUAGAUAGAACGCAAAUAAUAGUUAUUGUAGAAAGGAUAGCCAAACUAAAGAAAGGUGUAGACAAGAGUAGGGAUAGCUAGGUGGAAACGGGAAGUAGACAAAAAAGAGGAAGAAUAGAGUGAGAGAGAGAGAGAAGAAGAAGAAGAAGAAAUCUAUACAGAGCGGGACGAGUAAUGAACGGAAAUAAAUUGUAUUUUGGCAAAGUUUUCUGUCUACUUUUCGUCUGCCUAUUUGCAGGUAAUUUUUGCAAUUCUGAUAAAGUAUUUUUUUUUAAUAUUUACUAACGACGGCACGUUAUUCUAUGCACCGUUGCAGGUGCGUCGUUGCAGUAGAAAUUUUUUCACUUUUGAUAUUAUGACCUUAUGCCCUUUAUUUCCUCGAACAACCCAAUUUUCUUCCCUUUUGCUCUCCUUUUACAAUUCUUUUUUUCUCCUUUUCCACUUACUCCCUUCUUCCUCAGUUCUCUUUCACUAAACCUUCUACCUCAUUUUGUCCUUCCGACCUCCCCCUUGCUCCCUUUUCUCUUUUUGCUUUUUUUCUUUUCCUCACUUUCAUAAAGAGGAUUAAAAAGGCGCUCGACUCAGGUGUUUCAACGUUUUCUCUUUCGCACCUGCUAUUCGUAUACGGCGCAUGGUAAUAGGCUUAUAUCAUGUACUUCUAAUAUUCGACUUAACGAUGUAAACGUUCAUUAAUCACGUAAUAACGCCGCCCUACAAAGCAGCGAAAGGAAAGAACAUUGAUCGGUAUGCAUUAAGACGACACGCGUAUGUAGUCUGUAUGUAUAUGGAUAAAAUAGACAAACUAACUACAUAUGUAAAAGACUACACUUUCAUGUGUUUCAUUAUUGAAAAGGAUUAGGCGUAUAUUUCUCAAAAUAAAAAAUUAAGAAUCUCGAACAUGCCCUUGAUUGCUUAUAUAUCACUAAAUAGUAUUUACUUGUUAGUAUAAUACUAUGAUUAAGUGAUAUCCCUAGGGACUACCUUCCGCUUCCAACCUUUUAAAUAAGGAGCUAAAAGAUUGGAAAAAAGGGUUAUUUUUAAAUUAAAAAAAAAAAAUACGAAGAGACGACAAGGGUUUAUCGGUAGACGUCGGCGCACCUGCGGCGUCUCUCGUAUUUAGCACUCGCCUAAUUGACUUCCUGUGCAUAUUUGGAAUGUUCUCGACGUUGCUGUCGGCUAAAUACGUAGAUAUAUAUAUCUAUAUAUAUAUAUUAUAAUAUAUAGUAUAUUUAUAAAUGAGAUAGUAAUAUGCUGAAAACGUCUGUUAUUUGUCUAGAGCGUAAGAAGGUUUGCGAAGGGGAUUCUGUAGAAUUAUCCUGUCCUCAGAGCGAGAUUAUAGUAAUAGAGGGAGCCGAUUUUGGAAGGAAAAUUGUUGACCAGAUUUGCGUUACAGUGAACUUUGGUCACAUUGGAUGUGGAAUAGACGUCACCGAUUACUUGCAUGAAAAAUGUUCAGUGACGUCUCUAGACUCUAACUGUUCUAUGAAGGGAUCGUUAAGCGAGGGUUGGCUCUCUUGGAAUCCUAAUCGAAGGCAAAGAAACCGAUUUUGCAAAGUAAAAUUAGGCAGAAAAGGGGGUACUGGAAUGAAACUAUCUGUUUAUCGAUCAAGAACCGAUCUUGACUGUGAACAGUCUCCGAGAGUCUUUCAAUCUGAUUCGAGUGUAGAGCCAUUGUGUAAAAGGGGCGAUAUAAACAAGCAAGUGUUCGUUUUCAAAUCUAGUCAAAUCCGUCUUGAGCUACAAUAUUCCCAUGCAUCUUUAAUUCUCCAUUAUGAAGUUCUAGGCUGCGGUUCUCCUCCAAUUCCACGUCACGCAACAUACGAGAUAACCUCCGCUGGCCAAAUGGCCAAGUUAAAAUGUGACCAUGGAAAAGAAGAGGAAUGGGAAUUAACAUGUGUUGGUAGGGAAUGGCGAGGAACAGCACCGAUCAACUGCUCACAUCCCUCUUCUUCCGAUGGAAAAUUCAUUAAUCCAAACCAACCGUCCGUUCCUCCAUCUCUUAUCGCUGCAGUAUCGAUAGGGCUUGUUAUAGCGUUUAUAUUGCCUUUGGGUGUUUUAUACGUGUUGAAAAAGCGUUUUAAGAGGCGGAAUCGUUCUAACGAAACGAUGGUUCAUCAUUAUCACUACAACAAUGGCGAAGAUAAAUCUUGCUUCCUGACGCUCAAUCCCAAAAAGGAAUACGAAGAGAUCAUCCUUAAAGACGGUUCUUGCACCGUUGUUCGUAUACCAGCGCCAUCUGCUGAACAGGCUCCGGACGUUUGCGGCGAAGAAGCUCAUUAUGGGUUUAAUAGACGCCCAGUUUGUCCUUACGACCAUUUUAAAUUAGACACGAAAAAUAACGAAGAAAAUUCGUAUAUGAGGGUCAAAUUUACAGAUGUUAAUAGCGAUCAAUUGUAG